GCGCACGUGCGUUUUGACUGCUUAAUUGCUGUUUUCAUCAAAGGUUAUUUGCCUGUUUAAAGACAAUCUGAAUUCGCCCAUUUUGUUGUUGAUUGCCUUUAAAAGGGAUAACGUUAAGAGUAGGAUACAGUACUUGUUACACUUGUUGAUAAAGUAGUUUGCUGUACCUCUUCCUCCCCCUCCCUUGAGGAAGCGGCGGCCCGCCUCCCUCUCCCUCUGUAGUCAAUUGAGCCCGCUCGGCUAGAUGAGUGACAACCGAAGGAGGACAGAAAGACACGCACCGUGGAUCAGGAUCCGGCCGGAUGAUACCGACUCCCCGCUGAGCAGCACGACCGGCGGCACAACACCCAAGUGGCGAGUAGGGGGGUGGGUGGGGGGUUUAUACGUCAGACUCAAAGAGGUCGGCAUGGAAGGUAGAGGCACCCUAAAGAUGUUCACUCGAAAGAAGAGGGAACUUAUCAAGACACCGUCCAUCUCUAAGAAGAGCCGUACCGGAAGUCCAGGGCCUCCGAAUACGCUGUCCAUCCUUCAGGAGCAGCCCCGGAAAGAUGGCAGCGACCUCGCCUUCUCAUCGCCCACCUCUUCCUCCUCCUCAUCCUCGUCAAUGCUCACCCCGUCCUCAGCCGGGCUCCAGGACCCCUCCCUGUCCUGCCCAGGCACCCCCAGCCCCCAGCACAGUAAGCUGCCGGCGAUGCACGCCAUGGCCGGCCCGUCUCCCAUCGCCACCCUGAGGAGGCCGACCACACUGAGCCGGCACGCCAGCGCAGCAGGUUUCACUCUUCAAUCGUGGGUGUUCACCAAAGGCCAGGCGAAAGGAGCGAUGACCCCCACGCCACCGGCCGACAGUCCCGAGGGUGCCGCCAUUGAGGUGGAAGACAUUCCAGCCCUGCUGAGGGACGUGGCACGCUUCGCAGAGGCAGUGGAGAAGCUAAAGGAUGUGGUGGUGCUGGCGGAAGGUACUGAGAAUCAGCGGCCCAUUGCCCACGAAUGUUUGGGGGAGGUUCUGCGCGUGCUCCGGCAGGUCAUCAACACGUAUCCCUUCCUCAACACUGUGGAAAUCCUAACCGCUGCAGGAAAACUCAUAUCCAAAGUCAAAGGUUUCCACUAUGAGGCGUACAACGACUCGGACAAAAAAGACUUUGAGAAGGCAAUUGAGACCAUCGCAGUCGCUUUUAGCAGCAAUGUGUCUGAGCUGCUGAUGGGUGAGGUGGACAGCAGCACACUGCUGUCACUGCUGCCCACUGAGAAGAGCCGGUCCAUGGAGAACUUGUAUGGCACUUCAAGCCAGGAUAGCGGCCAGCUGGGGAGCAACUCUGAGGACAUUGGCAGCAUCGAAGGAGUGGAUAUGAUACUCCAGCACAGCGAGGGAGGAGUGGAGUCUGCUUUGCACUAUGCCAAAACCAUUUCCAAGUACAUGAAGGAUCUGAUCAGUUAUGUUGAGAAGAGAACCUCAUUGGAGAUGGAGUUCUCCAAAGGUCUUCAGAGAUUAUACCAGUCCUGCAAGCACAGCAUAACACAUCCCCACAUGCCCCUCUUCUCCAUCUACUCUCUGGCCCUGGAACAGGACCAGGAGCUGAGUGUGGGACUCCAGCAGGCCAGUGCCACCUUGCAUAACCAGACCUUCAUCCAGCCGCUAGUGCAGCAAAAGCAGGAGCACGAGAAAAGGCGUAAGGAAAUCAAGGAGCAAUGGAUUCGAGCAAAGAGAAAGCUGAUGGACUGUGAGUCCAACCUACGGAAGGCCAAGCAAACCUACAUGGCCCGCUGCGAGGACUACAAGGCCAAAGCGGCUGCCAGCCGAGCCGAGGAGGAGGGAGCAGGAACCACGGCCAAGUCGCUGGACAAGAAGAAGCGACUGGAGGAAGAGGCUCGCAACAAAGCGGAGGAGGCAGAGGCAACUUACAGGACGUGCAUAGCCGACGCCACCUCUCAGAUGACUGAGCUAGAGCACACCAAGAUCACAGUUCUUAGACAGCUGCAGGACAUCAUCAAACAGAGUGACCAGACGCUGCGUUCGGCAACCAUCUCCUAUUACCAGCUCAUGCACAUGCAGACAGUCGCCCUGCCUGUCUGCUACCAGACUCUAUGCGAGAGCAGUAAGCUGUAUGACCCUGGCCAGCAGUAUGCUGCACAUGUCCGAGACCUGCAGCUGCCUGACCAGCCCGCCGUUUGCUACACCUUCGAGGCCUACACCCCUUCUGGCAUAUCACACCUUGGUCACAGACCACGGAAUGACAGCUUUAACACGGAGCAGACCAGCAAUUCUGAUAGUCCCACCAUCACCGUUGACGCUACGUGUGUGGAGGCAGACGCCCAUCGACAUCCAAGGCAAGGUCACAAGUCAUGGGGUUCAACAGUGAGUGAUGACAGUGUCGUUGGAGACGGCGGCUUGGAGUCUCCCACUGCCAGCACAACCGACAUCAAUAAAAUGGCUCGGACGUCAUCCACUGGGACAAUGUCGUCGAAUGAGGACACGGAUGAGAAAGACGGAAAUGUGGCUUCAUUUGAGACACCAAACAUUAACGGCAUGGACCCAGAUGUAGUGGUUUCCACCAGACCUUUCCGCAACGUUGGCCUGUCCAAAGCCGCCAAAACACACCGUCUGAGGAAGCUGCGGACUCCCGCAAAGUGCCGCGAAUGUGACAGCUAUGUGUACUUCCAGGGGGCCGAGUGUGAGGAGUGCUUCCUGGCGUGUCACAAACGCUGUCUGGAGACUUUGGCCAUCCAGUGCGGACACAAGAAGCUGCAAGGACGUCUACAGCUUUUCGGCAGGGAAUUUGCUUUGGUGGCCAGUUGCGCCAGUGAUGGCAUCCCCUUCAUCAUCACCAAGUGCAUCUCUGAGAUAGAGAGACGGGCACUGAAGAUGAAGGGCAUCUACAGAGUGAACGGGGUCAAAACCCGGGUGGAGAAGCUGUGUCAGGCCUUUGAGAACGGCAAAGAGCUGGUGGAGCUGUCACAGUGUUCUCCACACGACAUCAGCAAUGUGCUCAAGCUUUACCUGCGACAGUUGCCAGAACCCAUCAUGCCUUUCCACAUUUAUAACAGUCUGAUGGGUUUGGCCAAGGAGAGCAUGCACAGUGAUGCAGAACUCGCAGAGACCAGUGGUGGCACACCAGCAGUGAGCAGGGGGUCCCAGCUGGUAGAUCUGGGUCCAGAAACUGAGCCAGAGAUUCUGGUGCUGGUGGACAAACUUAGGGAGCUUCUGAAAGAGCUGCCAAAGGCUAACUUAGCUACUCUGCGAUACCUAAUUCGACAUCUUCGACGAAUCGCAGAGCUGGAGGAGGAGAACAAGAUGAGUCCCAGCAACUUAGGCAUUGUGUUUGGGCCCUCCCUUAUGCGUCCACGUCCCACCGGGGCCACCAUAUCACUGUCCUCUCUGGUGGACUACCCCCACCAGGCCCGCAUUGUGGAGGCACUUAUCGUCUUCUACUUCUCCAUCUUCCAGUCCAAAAGCUCUCCGAGCUUUAAAACCUGCCGAUCUGCUUCCACUUCUUCUCACCUGCAGGCUCAGGCUAGCGAGGACAUGACGAGGAGCUCUGCCGAUGGCGAGGAGGAUGGCGGCCGACUGAGGAAGAGCAAAUCGGAGUCUGACAAAAUGGAUGAAGGAUGUGGCACUUCCUCAGGGUCCAUGGAGUCCAACGAGCAGCUUCCCGACUCAGACUCUGAGUUGGAUGACACUGCUCCGCGAGGCCUGAGUGAACAGGAGGUCCAGCUGAGCGUGGAGGACGACCAACUGAGCUACAGAGACAGCUUAGAUCUUUCCAGCCCCACUGAUCCAGACCAAGAGGCAGAUCAGGACCACGCUGACGACGUACAGCCCCCGCAGCUGCCACACAGCGGGCCCCCAGAUGAGGACACGGGGAAUCCUGAAGGGGAUCUGUGCUCCUCCCUGGCCAAGCUGAACGUGAACCAGUCCAACAAUUACUACUACUGCUCGCCACUCUCGGGGCGCUCGAGAAUCUUACUGGCUCGCUUGUGCGGGAAGAAAUUACCGCUGACAAAAUAUCGAGCCAGCGAGCCUGAAUUUGUCUGAAUCACAAGGUUGUGAUGUCCAAAUUCUCUGUAGUUGUCUGCAGCUUUUAUCAUCUCUAAGCUUUUCCUAAUGCAAUCUUGCUGUGUAACUCAAAUGUACUUAAUUGCCACACAAUAUUUCCAUGCGGAAUAACCUUAAAGUGCUGCUGGUUUUAUUUCAGCACUUUUUUUUAGCCAUUUCAAAUUGUUUCACUGUUAUACAUGU